ACCAACACGACGCUGAGGCAGGCAGUUGCUACGACCGCUGGCAAACGGUGAAAUCAGAGACUGUGACAUCAUUGCCGCACCAGUUGAACUCGGGACACUUCGUGCGGAUAUCCAUUCAUAUCUGGAACUGUAUCUGCGUACAGCGUUCGCUCCAGUAGAAGAUACAAGAGGAUUUCUUUUUAAAAAAAUCUCAAAGGAUACUUCCCAGAGAAGAUGCCUGCCGAUAUCAUGGAAAAAAACUCUUCUUCUCCGGUUGCCGCGACUCCGGCGAGCAUGAACACUACACCUGAUAAACCCAAAACGGCUUCAGAACACAGAAAGUCUUCUAAACCUAUUAUGGAGAAAAGAAGAAGAGCGAGAAUCAACGAAAGCUUGGGUCAGCUGAAAACGUUAAUCUUGGAUGCUCUGAAAAAAGAUAGCUCCAGACACUCUAAACUUGAGAAAGCGGACAUCCUGGAGAUGACAGUGAAACAUCUCAGAAACAUGCAGCGGGCACAAAUGACCGCUGCCCUGAACACGGAUCCCACCGUUCUUGGGAAAUACAGAGCUGGAUUCAGUGAAUGCAUGAACGAGGUGACCCGGUUCCUGUCCACCUGUGAAGGGGUUAACACUGAGGUCAGAACCCGGCUGCUGGGUCACUUAGCCAGCUGCAUGACGCAGAUCAACGCCAUGAAUUAUCCAACACAGCAUCAGAUACCUGCCGGGCCUCCUCAUCCAUCCUUCAGUCAACCGAUGGUUCAAAUCCCCAGCGCGACUCAACAAGCCAACGUUGUGCCUCUUAGCGGAGUCCCCUGCAAAAGCGGGUCUUCCUCCAACUUGACUUCUGACGCAACAAAAGUAUACGGAGGUUUCCAGCUUGUGCCGGCAACGGACGGACAAUUCGCCUUUUUGAUUCCCAACGCUGCCUUUGCUCCAAACGGCCCCGUUAUUCCAGUGUAUGCCAACAAUUCCAGCACACCGGUUCCGGUGGCGGUGUCUCCGGGAGCACCGUCCGUCACGUCAGAUUCAGUUUGGCGGCCUUGGUAGACUAAGGAAAAAGAAAAACUCUUAAAGACUGAAAGACAGAUGACACUUGUUUUCUUUGUUAAGCGUUACUUUUUUUGUUCUUUUUGUAUGAAAAUGUGUUUUAAAAGAUGAUGCACUAUAUUUGUAUAGAUCAAAAGGGAGAGAAG